AUGGCCGAGCCAAACAAUACCCUCAAAGUCAAAGACGACAUAAGACUGGCCUACGACGAUAUGGCGCCGACAUAUUUAACCUGGACGGAAUCCACCCACGGUGUACGGCUUUCAUAUGUCGAAGCCAUGUUAAAACAUCACAGCCAUCCUAAUGAAGAGGCAACCGGAAUGAAUAUCCUCGAACUAGGCUGCGGCGCCGGCGUACCAGUUACCGAGCUCCUAGCCUCCCGAGAAAACACCAGUGUAACCGCGAACGACAUCUCCGCGGCACAGAUUGCAUUGGCAAAGCAGCGGCUCCCGGAGUCAGUGAGGCUUAUCCAAGGCGACAUGAUGGACUUGACUUUCGAUAAAGAGCACUUCGACGCCGUGUUGGCUAUGUAUUCCAUUAUCCAUCUUCCACGCGAUGAGCAGACUACUAUGCUGCAUCGCAUUUACGGAUGGCUGAAACCUGGAGGGUAUUUCCUGGCCAACUUUGCUGCGCAGGAUUUUGAAGGCUCCUCUGUUCAGUCGUGGUUGGGUAGUACGAAGGGCGGGAUGUAUUGGAGUGGAUGGGGCGAAGACAAAACGAGAGCAAUUCUUCGUGAUAUUGGGUUUGAGAUGGUGAUUGAUGAGGUGAAAACUGACAUUGAAGAAGAGAAUGGGGUUUCUCGCGAAGUCCCAUUUCAUUGGGUCUUGGCUAAGAAGGCAGUCUGA